UUCCUGUUGGACGGUACGACGAGUGUGCGAGAUUCUUUAAUUCACGAUCGACUUCUCGUAAAUCGCGUAUAUUGUAGACGUGUGUUUCGAUUCCAGCGUUGGAAUAAUUUCACAUAAAACUGAAUUCGCGCACUUGCCAGGCAAUUUUUCACACAAUCGCAUAUUAUCGAAUAAAAACUGAAACGACUUUCACCGGAUACAUCGAUAAUUUGAUUAACGAAAGCAGAGGGUCCCAUAAAUACACCGAAUAAAAUUGUAACAAUGUAUCCGUGGUCAGUUACAUACAUAUCUUUGUGAUGCACAGAGUGGUUCGUUUAAGUGACAAAGCAAAAGCGUCGGCUCCCAUUCGAGACUAUUAUCCUAUUCGUGAUUGCGUUGGGCCGGGAACUGGCCACUUGGGUUAGUCGCCGCGGGGACUCCAAAGCGGUAAAUACGGAGGCGCAGAUCCUGCUACGCAUCAUUUAUCGUCAGGAUUGCGAUUUAAAAAUGGUGCAGCAAGAUUUGACCUAGAACAUUGGGACAGUACGAGUGUUAAACGAUGGCUCGAGGUGGCUCGCAGGUGUGAGCUCUGACUGAGCUGAGGACCUGGGGAAUCCAGUGCAGUGUUGUGUUGUGUCUAGUCAUAGUGUGUGAGUGUGUGUCGGUCACGCCGGGAUGCCCUCCGUGAUGUUGUCGGCAGUGUUGGAAGAGGAACCCGACCUGUACGAGGCGUUCCCACCUCAUGUGGACCCCACCGGAAUUACCAUUCUCACCGAUAGCCCACCAGGCAAAAAAGCGCCCCUCAAAACCUUCGACGAGAUCCAGCCGCUGAUCCAGCAGGCGCGCAAGCGGGAGCUCAAGUUGCUCAUCAGAGAGAACUCGUGGCCGAUCAACAGCCCGGUCCGCGCGUCGCUGUGGCCUGCGCUCUGCCGCCAGCACCAACAUGGAAAAUCAAUGCUCGACGGAUUCUACUGGGACAUGGUUACACAGGUGUUCGGCACAGUGGAGCUGCCGGACAAGCCGAUCAUGCUGCCACCGUUCGUGGAGGCGACCCACUGCAUCGGCUACCAUCUGACUCGCAAGGGGCGGGCGGUGGCCGACCGGGUCGUCUCCGUGCUCGGCUACGCGUGUCCCGACAUCACUUACAGCCCCAGUUUGUACCCCAUCACCGCUGCGCUGCUGCACUUUAUGCCCGAGGAAGAAUGCUACCACUGCAUGGCAAGUCUCGUCGCGUCCAAGGAGAAGAUGUUCAUCACUCAAACGAAACUACUCAACGAAGUCACCUGGAAGACUGUCAUGCAGAUCGCUAAAAAACAUGCCCGUCCCUACAGUGUCGGUGCUUGUUUGCAGAAGUCAGCUGCUCAGCACCUGUCGCGACUGUCCGGAGCCAUCGGGCCCGAGCGCAUCUACGCGGACUGGCAGUGGUGGAUCCUGGCCGCUCUGCCCUUCCCUCACCUCGUGCGAGUCCUCGACUGCUUCUUCCACGAAGGCAUCAAGGUAUUCUACAGAGUGGCGCUCGCAAUCCUCAUCCUCUUCCACAAGCACACAUCGAACCAGAACUCCGAGUGGUACGCGGAGGCGACCAAGAACGGAGUAGACCAUGCCAUUGACAAAUUCUGCAGGAACAUGCCCGUCUCGCCUACCAAGUUGCUGAGGACCGCCUUCAGCAUUAGGGCUUUAAGUUCACAGUACAUAUCACGGGUGUUCAUAAAGACAGAGAUGACGUUGAAAUCGAAGCAGGUGAUCACCGGCUCGCGGCUGGUGCGCUCCAGAUCUUCCGACAACCUCCCCACCAGCCAGUCGCAAGUCAACAUACAGAUGAUGUCGCACACACUGACCAUACGCGAGAGCCCACGCUCCUCCCACUUGGCCCUGUGGUUCCCAUUCCCUAACGCGGUGUUCCAGGAUCAGCAUCAAGCUUCAGACUUGAGGCGGAAGUUGUUCACGCUAUGGUCGUGGUUGCCGGUGCGCAUCACCAUGUACCAGCCGGUGCUGCUCUACACCACGGAGGAGCACGGCUGCUCGUUGACCACGUUCUACGUGAGGGUCGAACACCACGAGCCCACAUUGUUGAUGAUCAAGACUUGCAAUAACGAGGUGUUCGGAGCGUACUGUUCGACGCGAUGGUUCGAACGAAACCAAAAAGACGAGCGCGGGAACCGGCAGGCAUACUUUGGGACCGGAGAGACAUUCCUAUUUAGCCUUUAUCCUGAACGCGCCAAAUAUCCAUGGGUCGGUUGUACGGCGGGGAGCGGUGACAAAGGCGAGGAGCAGAAGGUCGCUCACGGCUCGGAACUGUUCAUGGCGGCUGACUCCAAGAUGAUUACCAUUGGCGGCGGUGACGGCCAGGCGAUAUGGAUGGACGAGAACAUAAGGUUCGGCAAGACUGACCGAUGCUCCACGUUUAACAACCCGCCACUGUGCCCCAGCGGCGACUUCGAGAUCCGCGUGCUCGAAGUGUACGGCUUCUCCGGCGCGUAGACGGACCCCAGGGUCCCACCGUACGGACUGUAGGAGUGAAAUAAUCUCGUAAACGUGUUAUUAAUGUGGUGUCAUAUCCUCGUGUGUGUGGCUUGGGCGCUAAUGGCCGGGUUUCGGCCGCAAAUCGACGAAAAUCAAAACGAUCGUGUUAUGUUACAUCGUGAAAUGUAGUGGAGUGCACUGUACGGUGCCUAUUCAACCAGAUUUGCGAUAUAUUUUUGGGAUGUAUGAUGUGAUUGUGAAUCCCUGAGGCUCGUCGCACAUCUGUAAUUAUGAUCGCUGGCCGGUAUCGCUUACGUCUUGUGGCAAGCUAGGAUUCGCAUCAGAUAAUAAAAACUCAUUAUGUGUGACCCGCAAAUGUACUUUAUGUAUAUUUGAAGAUCGCGUUCGCCCCAUAAACAAAGAAAAUGUUUGCAUAAUGAUCGAAAUGUCUCGGGAUUUUUCAUAGCCAGAUUUUUACCAUACAAAGAUCGUCAUAGCACGGCGCGAAGCUAUGCCAGCUUAGCAUCGGUUGCAGAUGGGCGACGAUCCGAAUCCGAUGUAUUGAUUGCCCCUUGCCGUUGUACAGACUGUGUAGAUGUAUUCCUAUAUUUAUUUACGUGUGUGCCCCGUAGCUGUCCUAUCAUGUAACACUGCUGUCCGUUCAAGACAACGAAGACGGGGAAAGUAGGUUGUUUCUAUAUAUAUAUAAUAAUGUUAUAGAUGUCUGUGUGUAAGUACAAAAUAUGAACGUAUCGUACCUACUCUUGAUGGAUUUUAAUACGCUUAUGAUGAAAGCAAUAUGUAUUCGCGGUAUGCGGUGGUAACGUUAUAUCAUUUUGCGGGCGUCGAUGUGAACAUUCCAGUGACUGUGUUUUAUCUGUGGAGCGUACAUAUUCUACAUCAUAGACGUGCAGAAAUGAACAGAGAACCUUCAAAUUUAUAGUAGUCGACGCAGCAUCAAAUUGGCCACAUGAACCAUAGACAAUAUAGCACGACUUGUUACAUUUUAUUUCUAGAAUUGUCGAUAAUUCUCAAUUGUUAUGGCACUCAGUCCAUCUCUCCAAGUCUAUGCUCUACAAUAAAACCCGACAUUAACAUCAUAAUUUAGUUUCAUAUUGUGGGACGUUUUUGUUUUAUCGGCAAGUUAGAAUGAAAAUUCGGUCCAAACAUCAGUAUUUUUGGUAUCGUAUAGUAUGAAGUAUCUUCAUUAUGUACUUUAAGGCUUUAUAUUACUCGUUCAGUAAUCGCUUAUCUUUGCUCACAAAAAAGUACCAAAGAGUUUAAAUAGUAGAAUGAUGUUCGUCUUCCUGUUGCACGCGUUUUGGUAUAGACCAGAUGUGUUUUUUUUUUCUAUGAAUUUGUGCUCAUAUAUAUUAAAUUCAAAUUUAUAGAACGACAGUAGAGCGAUUUACUAAAUUCGAUUACAAUUGAAAUUCAACCGUAUGAUUUAAUACUGAUAUUAGCUAUGUGCAAAGCAUAAAACGUUUUAUUAGAAUAUAGUUCAUAAGGUUGAGUUUCAGUUGCUACAGAAUUUUGUAUCCGUACUCAUUGUACCUUAGCGUAGAUUCAUAAAGUCGAAAUUCAUUCGUGAAACGUGCAAUGGAACACCAUAUCGGAACAUAGACGUUUCAUAAUACAUCGGUCUCAAUAUGUGAUUGUAAAAUAAAAUUUGAUAAUAAAUUUUAUCCAUGGGUCAUUUGAAUUGCUUUUUAAUCGAGUCGAUUAUUAUCGAUAAUUAAAUCGAUACUAUUUACACAAUGAAUUGGAACGAUUUAAAUGUUGCCAUUUAAAAAAUAGUUUUUUUUGUAGUAAUAUUGGUAAUAAUGCACUCGUUAGAGGCGUUCAGUGAUCGUGGGCCACUGCCAUUGUUAGCAGUUUUUAUAGUAUUAUUUUUAAUCGUAUUUCGAUGGAGUAUGUGCCAAAAUUGGACCAUAUGAAAAAAUACGACCGGAUUGGUAGUAAAAAGUAUUGUCAAGUUCUGCUUUCUCAAUUCAUUAUAGUAUUCUUACACGUUGUGUAAUAAUUCCGGUGAUGACGAAACGUAAGUGGAUGGAUUUUAGGAUUUUUGUUUUCUUAAGUCAGAAAUUGUGUUUUUUUUUUAGUUAUAAAAUUACGAUGUAAAAUAGGUAUAUAUAUAAUAUGUUACAAGAUUUAUGUCACAAUGUCCAAACAUAUCCCUGUUGGUACAAAGGGUUCUGCGUUCGUAUCGCCCGCGGCUUUGUUCGGCUACGUUUAUUUGUAAAUAUUAUUUUAGCGUAGCGACUGGGGUUCGUCAUGGUACUACCUAUCGAUAUGUAAACGGAAGCCUAAGACUUGUUUUUUUAAAUUCAGAUUAUUUAUGUAAUUUAUUGAGUAGGUAACAGUGAUGUUUAUGUAUGUUAUGCGGCGUCUCCGUGUCGCGUGUUGCUGUUCACUCGCGCGCAUGUAUGUGAGUUAUGGUAGGGAGGGAUCGCUCGGAGGCGUUCGUCGCGAUACGUUGCUGUUAGCAGUUUGUCGUUGAUCAGUGUAAAGUCUAGUCUUUAUUCUGUUUUUAUUAUCUUAAAUGAUAAAUAUUAUCUAAUUAUAUACAAAAUUGAUAUUUAAACAUUUUGUGCGAUUUUUGCCUCAGUACAGGGGCGCGUAGGCUCGUGUUAGUUAGUGUUUAAGUACAUUUAAUGUAAUAUAUACGGUUAUUAAUCUUCUUCAGUAUUUGUGGUGUUUUUUUAUGUGAUGAUGCGUGAGGAGCGAGUGAGUGCUUCGUUUUGUUACUACUAUUACAUUCACAUAGUUGUAAUCAGCUGCGCCAGAGUCGGCGCACUACUCGUUUAUGGUAAAAUUAAUGUUGCUUUAUUACGCAUAUGAAAUAUAUAAUCCCCGUAUA